GAGCACGGACUCACGUGCGAACAAGAGUUUCCAGCGCUGCUGAAUAGUAAUAGCUUUCCAUGGUGUUUUCCUUUCAGUUUAUCGGUGCUAAUUCGUUCCGGGCGUAAACUAAACAUUGUGUGUGCCGUUCGGAAACUCCGGGUUUGAUUUUCGUGCGGCUAAUAAAAAUUAUACGUGUUUUCGGGCGGAUGCGAUGAAUAAAUUUUGCAAAUCGAGUCUGUGUGUCGAAAAGUUUCGUGAGAGCUAUGCUUUGAUCGGUCGACGAGUGGUAGUGGAUGUUGUCGGUGUUCUGGUGAUAUCAGUGAGCUUGAGGCUGUGGAGGUUGUUGCUGUGGCCUCUGGGACUUGGAGACAUCAGUGUUGGGAUCAUCACACACUUGUUACUGCGCGAUACUGCCGGCGUCUGAGAUAGACCCGCGGCGUGCAAAGAAGACUAAAGUGCCAUUCAACCAGUUUACCACAGAGUGAUAUUUAGCCUUAAACUAGCGUUAGUGUCAGUGAUAUUAAAGUGUUAAUCUAGUUUUAUAUACGAACGUUACCAAAAAAUCAGCGAAACUGGCUCCUUACAAGGAUAUAAUGAAUCAGUCGAGCAUGAGCGCGGUGCCGAUGAUAAAGUGUGAAGAGGUGGCGUCGCCGGUAGGUGGCGCUGCUGGGGCGGAUGACCCAGGCGGCUCGUACAACCUGAGCGUGAACCUCAGCGCGUCCGUCAUAGGCCUCCUGACUGCGGAGUCUGCGAAUACAACGUUGCGGACGCCGGAGAUUGUGAACGAUCUCAUCACCAUGACGAAUCCUCUGGACCAGUACAACUACAGUGAGAAGACGUCAGGAUUCAAGAGUGCGAGCGGGAACGACUCCAACUCCUCAAUGUCCAACGGCUCAUCGGCGACUUCGCCAGCCUCCGGUACUCCGCCCAGCAUACAAAAGACUUGCUCGGAACUAAUAAAGGCUGGUUUGAAGCUGUCCAUCGAAUCGAAACGCAAAAUGUCCGGCAGCGACACGGACAUGGGCGUCAAGAGGAUGAAGAGGGAAGACAGCGAUGAGGACUAUGACAGCAGUCACACGCACACGACUAAGAGCGAAGGGCUUACCCCCGAAGACGAGGAACGGCGGCGGCGACGAAGAGAGCGGAACAAAAUCGCAGCCACCAAGUGCAGACUGAAGAAACGGGAGCGCACCGUCAACCUGGUCUCUGAGAGCGAGGUUCUUGAGAACCAGAACAUCGACCUGAAGGCACAGUUGAAGGACCUGGAAGUGGAGAGGCGGCAGCUCUUGGAAAUGCUCAACGUGCACAAAGCCUCGUGCGUCAAGAACGGAGCGCGGGCCUCGCCCACGAACCCCAGCUACAACCUCGUCCGCUACGACACCAACACAUUCCCCGCCUUCGAGCAGAGCCCCUACAUCCGCCCCGAGUCGGCCAACAUCCUCGCCUCGGCCACCAGCUUCCCCGGGGAAAUAGAACCCAUCGCGUCCAUCGAGCCCCUCUACAUGUCCCAGAUCAUGGAGGGCGACUACACCCGGCCCGACAGCGUGCUCAGCCUACAAACCAACCCUGACGCCUUCGUCACGACGGACGGCUUCAUAUCCAAGACCACAAACCUCCUCGUCCCGAUCGAGUCCGAACAAGAGUACUACGAUGCGGAGGCCAACUACAACCUGAGCACGCAGCAGUGCCAUACGUACCCCGCGACCGUCCCCGACUCGCAAACCAAACUCAACAACGGCCUCAACGACGGCUGCCUGGUCUAACUCACGAGUAUACGU